GGCCAAUAGGGAGGGGGGAGGCGGGCGGCCCCGCCUCCCUGGCCGCCUCGCGAGCCGGUGGCGCAGUAGCCGCCGCCGCUGCGGGCCCGCCGCCAUGUCCAUCUUCACCCCCACCAACCAGAUCCGCCUCACCAACGUGGCCGUGGUGCGGGCGCGGCGCGCCGGGAAGCGCUUCGAGAUCGCCUGCUACCGCAACAAAGUCAUGGGCUGGCGGAGCGGCGCUGAGAAAGACAUUGACGAAGUUUUGCAGACGCACACGGUGUUUGUCAAUGUGUCAAAAGGUCAGGUUGCAAAGAAGGAAGAUCUUGUUAAAGCAUUUGGAACGGAUGACCAAACGGAAAUCUGUAAGGUGAUUUUAUCAAAAGGAGAGUUGCAGGUAUCGGACAAAGAACGACACACUCAGCUGGAGCAGAUGUUUAGAGACAUUGCAACUAUUGUUGCUGACAAAUGUGUGAAUCCUGAAACAAAGAGACCAUAUACAGUAAUCCUUAUAGAAAGAGCCAUGAAGGAUAUUCACUACUCUGUCAAACCAAACAAGAGCACAAAACAGCAGGCACUGGAAGUGAUCCGACAGUUAAAGGAGACCAUGCAAAUUGAGCGUGCUCACAUGAGGUUGCGAUUCAUUCUUCCACCAAAGGAGGGAAAGAAACUGAAAGAAAAGCUCAAGCCACUGAUCAAAGUUAUUGAGAAUGAAGACUUCCAUGAACAGUUAGAAAUUGUGUGCCUUAUUGACCCAGGCUGCUUCAGAGAGAUUGAUGAGCUGAUCCGAUGUGAGACAAAAGGGAAAGGAACGCUUGAAGUGCUCAGUCUGAAAGAUGUGGAAGAAGGAGAUGAAAAGCUUGAAUAAAGAAAACCUUUCAGGAAUAGUACUUCUUUAACAACAUUGUAUUAAGUGACUGGUAUUAGCCACUCUGUUCUGUUAGGCCUUCAUGUUUUUUCCAGUCUCUUGCUGCCAAAUAUUUUCUGACACUAAUCAUUUGGGAUUUUUCCAUGCAGUGUUCUUUGUAUUGUUUUACACUUGCUUGGGUUUGCCUAUAGGAAUAUUUUGUGUCAGAGCUGCACUAAUGAGGAUUGAGUUAAGACCUGACGUGGAGGUUACUGUAGCUUUGUUUUGCUUGUAAGGGUUGUGACUGAAGAGUGUUCAACUGAUACAGUGCCAAGUUAUUUUUGCUUUUAAUUAUCAGUGUUGAGUGGAAGAUUUCAUAUGUCUCUGAGGGGUAGGUUUUGUAUGUGAGGAGAGAAACCUUUAGAAAAGUGAGCUACAUUUUCACUUUUAAACAAAUGCGAAGUAUGGAUAGCGUCUAAACUCAUUUCUUGGCAGCAUGAAAAAUGGCUCACUGGAGAUUUAAAAAAAAAUUGUUAACUUAGAGAAAUAGUUCUCCAAAUAACUUAUUCGUGAAAUAUAUUUAGCUACAUUAAUAAAAAUGAAUUAUCAUCUAUUUAUAUAUUAUAGAUAGAGAAAGAAAAUGAUUAUUUUUGUUACGGUAUAGGAGCCAUCUCUGGCAGUGGUGAUGCUUUUAGUAGGCUAACGGGAUAGCCUGCAUUUCUGAACUGUUCUCAUUCAGGCAGUGAAAUGAACCAAAUCUUGAAAAGGUGAUGGCCUCUGGCCAUUGAGCUAGAUGGGCUUUUGUUGGACCUUCAUUCCCUGGUGGUAAAUGUUUGUGUAUGCCCCUUUUCUUUUUUAGUACAACUAAGAGUAAUUCUGGCUGCUCUUCUUCAUCCUGUGUGUUUUUGUGCUACUUUCUAAUGUGCGCACAGAAUUUCCAACAAGAUCCUGAGGCGCAGUGCAUAGUUCUUGAUAGUUCUGUUAAAAUUUAUUAACUUCUAUAUUUCAAAGAAGAAGAGGAAAAAAAGAAAAAGAGAUACUAAAAAUACAAACCAUCAUUCAAAGCAUAUAUCCUUGGGUGAGUUGAAGCUAAACCAGUAGGAACUAAAAGAGCCUUUAGUAUUAUGUACCUGUUUCAAUGAUGAUUGUACACAGCAAAUCAGGAUUUGCUAGCUGGCCAACUACUAGAUCUCUGUUUCAGAUUAACAUGUACUAUUUGUUGUUUGCUGUUUAGAGCAUGUGACCAUGCCUGUUACAUGACAUUUAGGCAGAGCUCUAGUUUGUACUGUUGACAUGACCUUUUCCUUUGUAUCAUUAACAGAUGUUGUGAAUUUUUUAGAACUUAUGCAGGGAAAUUUGAAGUCAAAUGGAGAAAGAGAUUUGACAUGUCAAUUGUAGAGCCUGUGUGACUAGAUCCUUAGUCAUUCUGCAAGGUUAGGUUAAAUUUCUUCAGUAAUAUUUUGGAAGGACUUGCAACUACAGAGUCUGAGUUCACUGAAGGGCAGUGAAAGGAAUAUUUUCUGUUGCCUCCAAAAUAAACUUCCAUGAUUUUUAAAUGCUGCCUAGGAGAGUUUAGUAGCAUAAUUAGUGUAUUUGCCAUGCGGACACAGCCUGAAUGUGGAGAUCUGUACAUGCAUGGCUAGACUGAUAAGAUUCCUUGUGUGUACAAGCCCUUAACUGUCUGUCUUUCAAAUGGCCGUCUCUUUACACAUACUUUAUGAAGCACUAAAGAUAAUGAUGCUGAUAUUUAACUUGUCACUGACAAUUAGUACUAACAUAUAAUUCAUAAAUCUAAAAACGAGACACCAAGUAAGCCUCAGAUGACAUUGCAUUGGUAACGUUUGAUUUCACGAUCCUAUAAUUUCUUUCUUUUCUAACUACAACAGCUAGAGCACAAUGUGAUGGCUGCAUGUUAAAGGUCUUGAGUUACAGAAAUUUAAUCUAAACUAAUUUUCUGAGUUUCAUGCUAGGAAAGGUAUUUCCUUAUAAGGCCUUUUUCUAAGAAUCAAAUGUUGAAAUGUUUCUCUUGUGGAGGGAGCUUGGUUUUAUUUAUAAACAAAUACAUGUACAUGCUUGCAUUUCUUGUCAUGUUUGUAGUUCAGCAAAAAAUAUAUGGUAAGCAUCAGAAUAAAUCUCAAUAUUGUUA